GAGGUUCCCUCUAGCGGCGUCGCGUGACACAGCGUCAGUUCGAAUUGGCAAGAGCGACUAAACGCCAGGAGCUCUGUGUGUAGCGAUCAGUUUCACCUGACAGCGGCGCUGGCAGACUGCUCCGGCGCCCCCGCUGAGGUGGAGGGAUGUGGCUGGCCGCUGCCCUGCUCGGUGUUUGCGCCGCCUGCUGGCUGCUGUGGAGGUACGGCCACUUCCGGCGCGCGCGGCUGCCCUUCAUCCCUCCGUGGCCCGUGGUGGGCAACAUGGGCGCCGUCGCCCUCAGGCAGACGCCCUUCCACGACCUGGCCGCCCACUUCUACCGCAGCCUGGCCCCCCACCGCUGCGGGGGCCUCUUCACCUUCACCACGCCCGUCCUCCUGGCCAGGGACCCACAGCUGAUUGGACUGCUCUUCGCCAAAGAGUUCGACCACUUCACUGACCGACAAGAGCUCAUCCCGGAAACUGCCGAUCCGCUUUUUGGGAAAAGCCUCUUCGGUCUACAAGGGCAACGAUGGAGAGACAUGCGUCGCGUCCUGAGUCCCGCUUUUACACCAAACAAGAUGCACAACAUGGUGCCUCUAAUUCAAGAAAUUGGUCAUCAGAUGAGGGACUACUUAGCAAAUGAAAUGAAAGAAGGGGAAAGCAUCACAGUUGAAGCAAAAGAUUUCUUUUCGAGAAUUAGUAAUGAUGUAAUUGCAUCGACUGCAUUUGGUGUCCGAAUUAACUCGCUGGUGGAUAGAAAUAAUGAUUUCUACUCCAUGGGAAAGGAGGUUACUGAUUUUGGACCACGAAAAAGUUUCAUUAUAUUCGGCUAUCUUCUCUUCCCGAAGAUAAUGGAGGCACUCGGCAUCAAGUUCAUGAGAGAUAAGUGCUACAAGUUCUUCACUUCUUUGAUUAUGGAGGCAAUUGCUCAACGGGAGACCCACCAUGUCUUACGUCAUGACAUGGUGCACCUGUUGAUGCAAGCUUCCAAAGGUGAACUCCAAGACACAUCUGAUGACAGCAGCAACAAGAAGUCUUCUACCCUACAGGAUAUAGACCUUGCUGCACAAGCAAUGAUUUUCAUCUUCGGUGGUUCUGAUACAAUUUCAAAUCUCAUGAGCUUCACAGCUUAUCUAUUAGCAAAGCAUCAAGAGGUGCAGCAAAAACUUCACCAAGAAAUAGAUGAGCUUCUGCAUGAAAAACACGAUAAAGGUUUCACAUAUGAGGAUGUUGCAGCUUGCAAGUAUUUGGAUAUGGUAAUAUCAGAGUCCCUUCGUCUGUAUCCACCAUUUGCAGUGAUGGCUCGUAAGUGUGUGAAAGCAUACAAAGUCCCCGAGUCAGAAACAGGGGAGCCAGCCAUUAAUGUGAGUCCUGGUGAUAUUCUGUGGUUCCCAAUAUUUGGACUGCAUGCUGAUCCUGAAUUGUUCCCAAAUCCAGAACUGUUCGAUCCAGAACGUUUCAGUGAUGAUAGAAAGGAACUUAUUAAACCAUAUUCGUAUAUUCCAUUUGGAGUUGGACCUAGAUUCUGCAUCGCUAAUCGUUUUGCACUGAUGGAGGCCAAAGUGCUGUUGAUCUAUCUAUUGUCACAGUUCACCAUUGAGCCAUCAGAUCGGACACCCAGUCCACUUAAAUUCACAGCUACUGGUUUCAGUCUAAUGGUUGAUGGUGGUCUUUGGUUGAGUAUAAAACCACGAAAUUAACAAAAUAUAUACAGCUCACACUGAAUCUGGCACAUAUUAUAUGUGCUACAGAACUCAUGGGGAAAAAAAGCAUGAUGGAAUAUGUGCAAGAAGUAUUCUAACCUCCAACUAUUUCCUAAAAUGUAUCAUUAAUUCCUAUAUCUAUUUGUACUGGCAUUACAAAGUCAUGAUAGGAUGACUAAGUCAAGAUCAAGCUAAAACUUUUAAUUUGAUCAGAAGAUUAGAGUUUUUCAUGUGUUCACCUGCAUGAAGCACUACAGUGUUGCAAGGGUCAAUAGCACCCAUAACUAAAGUCUAAGACCAUCUCUUGUACUCACCCAUGAGGCACAUUUGUGGUUUCCUUCUCUGAAAACCUUCGCUGUUGUGGUUACACUUUCAGUUUUGUGAAAUGGAGGAUUCGUGGACAAUGGCAGGUUCAUACAGUAUGGAGAACUGAAUUUACAGCAAGUACCGAUGUGAAUUUGUAUUGUUUGAUGGAUAGUUAACACUUCAGAAUAUUCCACAAAUUUGAUAUUAAAUGGGGAUCUGAUUUCUAAUAUAAACAGUUCAUUACUGGUAUGUUUUGUUGUUGCUCUGAAAAUGAUGCAGUGUGAAUAAAUGGUACUAAACCCAA